AUGGCCACUUCUGAACCGAGAGCCACCGGCGGGGACCAGGACCCCAACACCGCCAAUUUAAUACCUCCGUCCACAACCAACGAAUAUGCGUGGAUGCACGGAUGCACACGGAAACUGGGGAUGAAGAUCUGUGGGUUCCUGCAGAAGAACAACAGCAUGGAAGAGAAAGGAAGGCUCACAGGCCAGAAGAAUCUACUGUCGUGUGACAACAGUGACCGGGAGCCAGGCUUCCGCCACACCGAUACCGACUUCUCCAACCUGUUCGCACGAGACUUGCUGCCGGCCAAGAAUGGAGAGGAGCCCACCAUACAGUUUCUGUUGGAGGUGGUCGACAUCCUCACCAACUACGUCAAGAAGACCUUCGACCGCUCCACCAAGGUGCUGGACUUCCACCACCCUCACCAGCUGCUGGAGGGCAUGGAGGGCUUCAACCUGGAACUGUCCGACCAGCCCGAGUCCCUGGAGCAGAUCCUGGUGGACUGCAGGGACACGCUCAAGUAUGGCGUCCGGACAGGUCACCCACGCUUUUUCAACCAGUUGUCCUCUGGUCUGGACAUCAUCGGUCUGGCUGGAGAGUGGCUCACCUCCACCGCCAACACCAACAUGUUCACCUAUGAGAUUGCUCCAGUGUUUGUGUUGAUGGAGCAGCUGACUCUGAAGAAGAUGAUAGAGAUGGUUGGCUGGCCCAGCGGAGAGGGGGACGGCCUCUUUUCACCAGGGGGCGCUAUCUCCAACAUGUAUAGCGUGAUGAUCGCACGUUACAAGUAUUUCCCAGAGGUCAAGACCAAGGGCAUGUCUGCUGCUCCCCGCCUCGUCCUCUUCACAUCCGAGCAUAGCCACUACUCCAUUAAGAAGGCCGGCGCUGCUCUGGGCUUUGGCACGGAGAAUGUGAUCCUGCUGAGCACAGAUGAGAGGGGGAGAGUCAUUCCUGCAGAUCUGGAGGCCAAGAUCCUUGACGCCAAACAGAGGGGUUGCGUGCCGCUGUUCGUGAACGCCACAGCUGGUUCUACCGUGUACGGUGCAUUUGACCCCAUAAAUGAGAUCGCUGACAUCUGUGAGAAGUACAACCUGUGGCUGCACGUGGAUGGAGCGUGGGGUGGUGGACUGCUGAUGUCCAGGAAGCAUCGUCAUAAGCUCAGUGGAGUUGAGAGGGCCAACUCUGUCACAUGGAACCCUCACAAGAUGAUGGGCGUGCCUCUGCAGUGCUCGGCCAUCCUGGUCAGAGAGAAGGGGAUCCUGGCAGGUUGUAACUCCAUGUGCGCUGGCUACCUGUUCCAACCAGACAAACAGUACGACGUCGCCUACGACACAGGGGACAAGGCCAUCCAGUGUGGCCGACACGUCGACAUCUUUAAGUUCUGGCUGAUGUGGAAGGCCAAGGGCACCAUCGGGUUCGAGCAGCACAUUGACAGGUGUCUGGACCUGUCUCAGUACCUGUACAACAAGAUCAAGAACAGGGAGGGAUAUCAGAUGGUGUUUGAUGGAGUGCCCCAGCACACCAACGUUUGCUUCUGGUACAUACCACCCAGCAUGAGAGGCAUGCCAGAGGGCGAUGAGCGGCGAGAAAAACUCCACUCGGUGGCGCCGAAGAUCAAGGCCAUGAUGAUGGAGUCAGGGACCGUCAUGGUGGGCUACCAACCCCAGGGCAACAAAGUCAACUUCUUCCGUAUGGUCGUCUCCAACCUCGCGGUCACCCAUUCUGACAUCGACUUCCUCACCGAUGAGAUUGAGAGGCUGGGUCACGACCUGUAG